UUGUAACAUUCUUCUUCUUCUUCCCAUUUCUCUCUCUUUCUGAAAGUAGACAAAAAUGGCGGAUUGGGGACCAGUACUGGUAGCGACUGUUCUAUUCGUACUAUUAACGCCGGGAUUACUGUUCCAGCUUCCCGGUCGAAGCAGGGUGGUGGAGUUUGGAAAUAUGCAGACCAGCGGAGCCUCCAUUCUUGUUCAUGCCAUCAUCUAUUUCGGCCUCAUCACUAUCUUUCUCAUCGCUGUUGGGAUCCAUAUCUACACAGGUUAAGACUAAGUUUUCAUUUUAUGAUAUGUUGUUAUACUUUCUCAUUGUGAUUUGAUUUGAUUUGAAUUGAAUGAAAAAUGUAUGAUGUUUGAAACUUUAUCUAAGUCUAUUUUUUUUCAAGUUU